AUGAAAAGGUUCUAUAAUGAUGUAAUUUUUUACUCUCUGGAGUUUUCAGUCUCUCGCAUAGCUUUGGUCAAACCUGAUAAAGCAAGAGGGGUAGAGGAUGUUCUUCUGAGAGCUGCUCAGUCCGGUGGAAUAUCUGAAAAGGUGUCUGAAGAAAGGCUUAUCUCACUUCUGGAGCAAAUCAAUACCCACACUAGCAAACAGACGAAAGUUACGAUUCAGAGGCGCCGGAGCGUCCUUGACGACGAUGACUAGCUGCAUGUGUGUUGUGUGUACGAUGAGCUGGUGGAGGAGUCUGCCGUAGCGCAAAACUGCUUGCUAAAAAUGAUGAUUAUCAAACGCUAUAUCAACAACCAUCAAAACUUGAGCGACUAUUUGAUGGAUAUUUGGCCGUAUAUGAAUUAAUUCGAGUUUGGUUUGGCUUGUUCCA